AUCCCGCGCGGCUUGUCAUCUGACAUGGGAAGAUGCUAGCGGUUUCUUUCCAAAACAUUUACGGAACUUGAUGGGUUUUAGGGUUAAAUCUGAGUUUUAUGUGAUUUGUUCAGUAGCAGACGUGUUUAUGGAUUCAAAAUGCCUCCAGUCAGAUUUAUUAUACUAAAAUAAAUAACAAUAAUAAUGAAAUAUAGCGAGCUAAUGCUAGGUAGUUAGCGUGUUUGUGUUUUGUAAAAACAGUAAAUAACAUCUUUACAUAUUUACGAAACCAGCAGUAGACGAUGGGAGCGGAACAGAGCGGCGAUGCUGAGCACAAGCAUUCAGACCACAGCAGCGCCUCAGUCGCGCCCUCGCCAGCGAAACACCGGGCGAAAAUGGACGACAUCGUGGUCGUCGCUCAAGGAACGCAGUCUUUACGGAACAUCCACAACGACCCCGACGUCAUCAAGCUGCAGGAGAUCCCCACCUUCCAGCCCCUGCUAAAGGGUGUCCUGAGUGGACAGACGUCCCCCAGCACGGGGUCCGUGGAGAAGCUGGACUCGGUGCAGGUGCUGCAGCUGUGUGUGCGUUACCAGGAGCACCUGCACCAGUGCGCAGAGGCCGUGGCCUUCGACCAGAACGCUCUCGUCAAGAGGAUCAAAGAGAUGGACCUGUCGGUAGAGGCGCUCUUCAGCAUCAUGCAGGACCGGCAGAAGCGCUACGCUAAAUACGCCGAGCAGAUCCAGAAGGUAAACGAGAUGUCGAUGAUCCUGCGGCGGAUCCAGAUGGGCAUCGACCAGACCGUGCCUCUGAUGGAGCGCCUCAACAACCUGCUGCCCGAGAGCGAGCGCCUCGAGCCGUUCAGCAUGAAGCCUGAGUAGAGAGCGGGGUGUGUGUGUGUAUGUAGAGUCAGAGACUGAACGUGCGCAGCUUAGCGUUAUUAAAUUCCCCUGUAAAUACAAACCUCGUGAAUUUUACAGGUAUUCAACAGUGCUGCUUCAGAGCGUCUCUAAAAGGCACGUCGCGAUAUUUUGCACUCACUGCUCUAAUGGAUCUGAUGUUACUCAUCCACAGCUGUCACGUUUUUUUGGUACGUUCACACAUCAGCGCUCGCUUCUCUGCAGCUCGCGAUGUCUAAAGCGUGAACCGGGUUACUGAUUGCGCUUCAGAUUCUUAUUAAAGGAAGUGGAAAUAAAAAAGCACAGUUUGA